CGUAUUGUUAUCAAUGUCGUGGCACUUUUUAUCACGGAUAUAGAUAUCCGUGCUUAGUGCUUUUUAUCAAUUCGUGGCCCAUGCCACUAAACGUAUAUGGCUUAUCCGUUAUCGUGGCAAUAUUAUAACUCGACUUAUGAGAAAUGAGAAUUUAGAAGGAAGAAGAAGUAAGAAUAGGUACUUUAAUUAGUAUUUAAAAACUUAACUGAUUCAUCAUGUCGUCAAGUGAUUGGAACGAAGUAAAAUUGUUGGCUGCUGACUUUCAACGCAUUCAGUUGACCACUUCGUCCCAGAGACUAGGGGAAAGAAAUUGUGUAGAAAUAGUUGCGAAAUUGAUCAGUACCAAGUUACUGGAUGUAGUGUUCACAACUGAUGGUAAAGAAUAUGUAACACCAGUACAUUUGACAAAGGAAUUAAAAGAUGAAGCCUAUGUCCAAGGAGGUCGUAUAAACAUACUAGAUGCUGCUAGAGCUUUAAAAGUUGAUCCAGACGUUGCUUCAAACUUGUGUGAAAAAUUAGCCAAGGAUGAACCUGAUGAUUAUUGUAUUGUUCACGGUCAAUUGAUUGGAUUGACUUAUUUGGAUCAGAUUGCUGAGGAUGUACUUGACAAACUAGAACAAAAUGGACACAUAAAUGCAUUAAAAAUAUCUCAGCAAUUUGAUUUGCCUGUGGAUAUAAUUGAUUCGAUGCUUGAAAAACGCAAUAAAAAUUUGGCUUUUAAUCUACACAAAAAUAAAAACAAUCCAUACUUAUAUUACACCGAUUCUUACUUCAAUUCUAUUAAAAGAAUUGUUAGAGGAGCUCUUCUAGCUACUACUCGGCCAGUCUUAUGUACAGCUAUUAUAAAUCAAUGUUCUCUUGAUGAAAAAGAAUUUUUUACUGUAUUUGAGAGUUUGUUAGCAGAAAAACAAGUACCUGGGAUGUUAACAGACCGAAUUGGAAAUUCAUGUACAUAUAUUCCAAACAUACAUACUAAAACUCUAAAUAAUUGGGUUAUGAAUUUCUACACCAACAAUAACUAUUUAGAUUAUGAAGCAAUGAAUAGCGUUGGUAUAACUGAUCCUAUUUCUUAUAUUUCACGUAUGCAACUUGGAAAAGAAUUAAUUGCAUUGACCACAUGUUCUGUUGGUCCCAAAAUAUUAGAUGACAUUUCUGCUGCUAUAGAGGAAUGUAUUUCAACCGGAACUUGGAUUGAUAUUAUGGAUUUUGUACCAGUAGUUUUUGACACAAAAGACGGAGUAUUGGUUUUGGAAUAUUUGUUAAAAAAAAAUAAAAUAUCAAAGGGUUUUCAAAUUUUUGAUGAUACCGCAUUGGUAACCGAUAAAUUUAUAGAAGUGCAAUCUGAACGUAUAAUCAAUACAUUAGAUGCAAAAGUAAAAAAGAUUAUUGAGUCUGGAGAAUAUGCAAAUGCUUUGAUAAAUUGGAAAAUCCAACAAAAGCUUGCAGAGGAUAAAAACCCGGAACUCAGUCGAAAAGAAGAACGUAAAAAAAAAUCUGGCGGAAAACACGGUGGUGGAACACAGGGACGAGAAACUAAGAUAAAGGCUGUUAAAAAAAAAUAUGGACAAAAAUCAAAACAACAUGAUUCUGAUUCUGAUGAACAGGAAAAUAAAGUAGUUUCUAGUGAACAAUUUAUGAUGGAAAUUGUUAACGCAGAUGAAAUUAGAGAAAAUUUAGAAAAUGAUGAAACAUUUAAAGAUGUUGAUGAAGAUAAGAAUUCUUUAAUAGAAAAAAUUGUUUCAUAUCUCUACCCAAUUUUGAAUAAAGAAGCUCUAAGGAGAUCACAAGAAAUUUAUGAUCAAGUAAUGGCAAACCGGAUGGGUGAUCGUCGUAGAGUACAUCAGGACUUUCGAGACAAACUUUUAUUACUUUUGUCUGAUUUACAUCAAUAUAUUAAAGGUAUUCAAAAAUUUGAUAAUACUGAAACUCAAGGACAGCUCACGUCAUUCUUGUUAAAAUCUAUUGGUGGAGAGAUUGUAGAAAUAGUUAAAUGCUAUGUAGCACAAAAUAAAGAACAUAACUCAGAGUCAAAAUCUAACCAAUAUGAUAAACAAGUUGAAGAUGCCAUUGAAAAACUUCAAAAAUCAUUGACAUCUAAACUGAUUGAUGAUUUCCAUGAAGCUGUCGAUGAGUUAUUGUCUUCUGUAGAUAUAGUACAAAAAAAACACGAUCGUAAAAAAGAAAGGGAACAUUUACAAAAUAAUCGUCAACUUCUUUUGAAAUCGCUAUCAGACAUUGAGGAUGACAGUGCACAAGUACUUUUAAUUGCUACACAAAUACUUUUCCAAUCUAUUACACAGACAAUGAUUAAAGUCUCGGGGAAAUUUGUAUCUGUCCUCUUGGGAUUUUUACAAAAACACAUAAGUGAUCAGGAAUUUUCUGUUCUACAAAAUUACCAUGAUCUUGUUGUACAACUCUUGAAAGCUGAAGAUCCUGAAGAAAAAAAUAAUAUUAAAUCAAAACUAGAAGAAACUACGUGCAAUGUGAAAAACCUCGUGAUCAAUUUUAAAAAGUCUUAAGAUCUUUUAAAUUGUUUUUUGAAUGUUAUUUAUAACAGCCAGCCCUGAGAUAUUACAUUAUAUUUACUUCAUGGCCUAGUUGCACUUGCCUUGCUAUUAAAUACAAUUAUUAUUGAAAAUUGAUAAUAUUAUAUUAUAUGUCAUAAUAUACAACAAAUUAUAUUAUAAUUAUGUCAAUAUGUCAUAUCAAAUGUAAUUUAACGGUGAUAAGAAUAACUUAUCAUUAAAUGGGUUGGUUUAGGGUUAGAAUUAAGAAGUACAUAUUUAAAAUAAUUUUAUGUUGUGUAAUUUGUACAGGUCAAAUUGUUGUUCACCAUUUGAAUGAUGUGGAAUGCCACAAUGUUUGUGCAGUUUUAUAUUGUUUAUGUAUUUCACAUUCACGAGUACAUGACACAGCAUAAUCAUAAUCUAUAAAAUUAUAAUUAAUAACAUAGAAUGUUUGCUGCGACCUUUCCUGAACUCAUGUUUGAACUAAGUAAUAUUGUUAAUCUAUUAACAUAAUAAUUCAGACAAUUAGUGUAAGAUUCUCAAGAUUUGACAUUACUCUUGAAAAAAAAGGAUAAUUAUUCUAAAAGAUAAAAUAGAUAUUGAAUUUAAUUUAAUAUUUAACAAAUAUACAAAAUGUCAUAACAUAG